AUGACAAUGGCACCUUCCAUUGGUCCAUUUUCUAAGCUGCUGGGUAGCUGCCUGAUUGGUCCAUUCAAGAUGACCAUCUCCUCCUUGAUCCUAUCUUCCUGGAAUGAGUGGCUUCAUCCCAUUGGCUCCUUCCUCAAGCUGCUGGACCAUUCUUAUCAUCUCCAAGUAGCUGGUGUCGUCAUCCCAUUGCUCCAUCCGCCUCUUUCCUUUCGAGGAGGGUUUCUUACGUUUCCUCUUCCGGAGGGUUUCGUCCCCGUCGUGCUUGAGAAUUAA